AAAAAAUGGGCUGAAAUGCUCCCUGUCCCCAAUCUCAUAUUUUCUGUAACUGCCAGGUUGUGUUUACUAUCUUUAGUUUCCAAAAUAUGUCAGGGUAAGUCCCUUUUUUCUCACAAUUCACCACUCACUAUAGGCAUACAUCCGGAUGUGUAUACUGAACCAAAGGAGCUUGGUUUCCAGGCCUAUACGGGAGAUUAUUUGUCGUCCAAGUCUCUAUACAUUAUACAACCCAAGUUAGAGGGCUCCCUCGUGGCGCAGCUUGGACCUUUGACAUCCAAGCAUUUCUACAAGAUGGCGAGCGUUUCUGUUUAUCUCAACUCGCACACAGUGUAUAUCAGGAAAUCAUACACCCCGCCACUUUAUGCGCUUUGUGCAGUAGACAACGCUCACUUGGUUGCUCAACCGGAUACUGUAUUGGUGUGUACUUUCCAACUUUAUAUUCCUUCAUCAACCCUGGUUUUCGCCAAUGCAUCCUGUUCCAUAAACUGCGUUAAUGGGUCAGAAUGUGCCGCACGACUUGACCUUGACUUCCUGAAGCUCCAGUACUCUUCGUUGGCCUCAACGUUUACCGUUAUGCUAGCAUACAACGUGACAGCCUAUCAGUUGCAGCAGGAUCGAGGCGUAGCUCAAUACAACGAACGGCCUGACAUUACAGAAUCCCUCAUUUACCACUCGCAAACGCUCCCUCCUGUUACCGUUAUAAUCCAGCCAGAACUCGCUUGGCAUAUCCUUGUGAAAGAUCACACGGAUGUACCCCUCGUACAAUGGGGACUACCGACCGUUCGCACUCAAGAUUUAUUCUCGCUUAUCCUUAGUGUCCUUCUGGAUUCUCCGGUUCAAGAGCUAAAAAUGAAAUUGGUGCUUGGACCAACUUUGCGUUACCGAUUUCAAAAUCGAGCCCCUUCCGAACAAGCCAAGUUCUGGAAAAUCCAAGUGACCUCCAAGCGAUAUGGAGCGCUAAUUCGUGUCCGACGGAUAGAUGGGGAGUCGUCCAGACACGACAUCAGCAGCCCUAAACCUAUCGCCGAUCUUGUUUUGGAAGAAGUGCCACAAACGGAUGCACAGCUACCUGCAACAUCAAGUUCACGUGAGAAAUUCGUCUCUUCUCAAGAGAACGACAUCGAUUACAUGGACUCAACCAGUUCGACAGACAGUACAGAGCUGGAGGCCCAGUUGGUUGAUAAAGCACCCACAGGACAGUUUCCUAUACAGAUACAGUUGCUGCAGCUUGUACAGGCGAACAAGAGCGAGAUAGGAACAGACAGUCCUAUCCCAACAAUCUUAUCGGUAGUCCCCGACAUGAUCCCCAAACCAGAUGCAAUGCACAUCUUUGUACAAUUUGAACCAAAGGAUACGUUAGAACCACCGUGGGUUCCUGCCAUGUCAUCACCAGAGCCCUUCAAACUGCGUGUUCUUGCUUUGACUCCAAACCCAGUUGGGUCCAAUCUGUUGGAUACAUUUGUUUCUCCCUUCGGUCCCUCUUCUGCUGGCCGCCUGACCGAUGUUACUCAUCAUGUGGUUUGCCGCCCUGUCUCCGUGCGAAGUGGACCAAACGAAAGACUAAUGGAUACUAGCUCGUCGACCAACCCCUCAUGUCCUGUAGGAAUGCAUCUGGCUCCGGCGGAGAUUGAAGAUUUGGGUCCAAUUCUCGAUCCGUCUCUCCAACAUCCAAAACAGACCUUAGUGUCCCAAAUUUCAACCAGUCUGAGUGAUUAUUUAAUGCUAGCCUUGGCUGCAACUGCUGACUCAUCUCGACAACCUUCAAUCGUCCCAAGUAUCUACGGUCCUUUGCGUUCCAGUGAACAGGUCUGGGCCUGGAGAGACUUGCGUGGACCCACUGUACGUCGGUGGAUGUUAGAAGGAUUCACCAUUCAUGUUACAAGCAAACGACUGCGACGUAUAGUGGGGUGGCGCAUCGGUGCAGUAACUGACAACGAACAAACUUUUGGUGUUAAUCGCUCAAACGAUUACGUGGAUCGUAUCGAACAAACUCCGCUUACUGUGACGGCCAGGAUUUACACUAUUCGUCCUGGUACCGGUCAGAGAGUUUAUCUCACAUCGCCCACAUCACGAUUUACUUCGCAAGACGUCUCAAUGGACAACUACCGAUCGGUGACAUCGAAAGAUCACAAUGGUGCGGAACCCAUGGAAUUUGAUGUCACCCGCAUGCUUCCUCACUGGGCGCUGGUCGUCCGACCCGUAUUGGAUAAGCAUCAACCAGCGAACCCGACACCCGCAGCUUACAUAUUCCAUGACGCUUAUAGCGGCCGUCCACAGUUGAUUGGCAGACGCCCCGGACGAGUGAUGGUCAGUCUCGUCGCCACAUCUGGAGACUCACAGCCCCUGGCCACCACGUAUAUUGAUAUUGGUAAUCCGAACGGAGGACCAGACCUUCUCAAUGUGGUCGCCAUCCGUGCUGAGUGUUUGGAUCCUUCUGUUCGGCUAUCUGGUCAUUUAUCUACAGCAAAUCUGUCAAUUGGCGCAGAGGGGACCGGAUUCGAAAAAUUACAUGUAACCGAGUUUGGCAGACCUAGUCCUUUUGGAUACCCGUCUGAGCUUCCGAAAACCUUUCCGGAUUUUAGCCUUCCCAAUCCACAACUUUUAUCCGUUCAACUUCAUGGAUCUCACUCACCCAACGACGUUUUGAUCCAAUCUGCUGCAUCCUCGGCGACCCGCAGCCCGGAGUUUCUGCGAUCAUUGCUGUACAGAGAUAAUCCGAGCAGUCGAAAGCUUCCGGAAUUUACUCGAUCUUCUUCUUCAGCCACCUGUCCAGUUCACCUACUUUCUGUUAGCUUGAUCAUGUCAGAUGGGAGUGUACUAGCCACGCAUAAUGUACCACCAGGGCAACUGCGGAUAGCUUCCUUCGGGUCAGACAUAGUUUGGGAUGCUGCCAUAUCCAUGGACUCUUCGAUGAUGCGUACAAAACGAGAUGUAGGCGCAAAAACCAGUGUUAGUGUCCGUAUAAAUAGUCUGGUUGUUUGGACACCUCGUGUGCAGUCUACAAGUGGAACCACGUUCUAUGCUGUACCUCUGGGUGCCAUGGAUGAUGUUGUCACAGCUGUUCAGGCUGGUCAUCCGCUUCGAGACCCUGGACCGCCAUUGCCACCAUCGAAAUUGAUCGUCAACGAAGACCCGUCAACACGAUCAGAUGGUCGAAGAAGUAGUGGACUCCGGCCAAACGAACCAGUUUGGAACGACACGGAACGUCAUUAA